GAGUUGAGAGAUAUGGGUACAGGAACAGUAUAAUGACCUGUUUCAGAUGGUUUACUCCGAUGUGUCUGUCUGGCUGAUGUAGAGUAAAGAUAUUGGUUUGUUUGGUGUUGGGAUUCUGGUCUGUGGUUUUCCAUUUGAGUGGUUCUAGCCUGUUGGUUUGUAUCAUUGCUUUGCUCCAUUGAUUUGAUGUUUAGUUAUGUAGUCCUACACAGCAGAGCAGCUCGGUUGGCAGACAGUCAUUUGGCUAAUUGUGUGCUGAUAGUUAGUAGCAACGUUGUAAGACAUUCUAGAUCGACGCUGUGGUGAUGUUAGAUCGGUGGUGUUUUAUCAAAAGACUGCAGCUCUGAAGAAUCGUGUGUGUUGUGUACUGGUAAAACCCGGCUUUGUUGUGUGUCACUGCAGCCCUAGUUGUGCUCUGCUGUGCUCUGCUGUGCUCUGCUGUGCUCUGCUGUGCUCUGCUCUGCUGUGUUGUACGGCGCCUGUGUCCUGUGUCACAGAGGAAGCAUUGAUCAGACAGCUACUGAGGCUCAAUACACAAUGAGGCCUGGCCCGAGAUCUCUCCUCCUCCCCACCCCCCUCUCCCUCUCCCUGCGUGCCCUGCUCCUGCUCUGCCUUGCGCCGCGUUGCCAAGCGGUGCAGGCUGAGAAUGUGACAGUGUUGGAGGGAGGCACAGCCCAGAUCUCCUGUCGUCUGCAGAACUAUGACGGCUCCAUCGUUGUCAUCCAGAACCCUCGCAGACAGACCCUCUUCUUCAACGGCACACGAGCGUUGAAGGACGACCGUUUCCAGAUGGUUCUCUUCACUCCCCGCCUGGUGCGCAUCACCCUCACCAACGUGAGCGUGUCGGACGAGGGCGGCUACUUCUGCCAGCUCUACACCGACGACACCCACCACCAAGUGGCCACUCUGUCCGUGUCCGUCCCUCCCGACACCCCCACGGUGGAGGUGAGGCAGGAGGCCGUGGAGGGGGGCGAGGUGGAGCUCACCUGCCUGUCGCCGCGCAGCAAGCCCCCCGCCACGCUGCGCUGGAUCAGGGACCGCCGGGAGAUACCAGGUGUGGUGUCCCAGCAGGAAAAUGGGAAGACAGUGAGUGUGUCCAGCACCAUCCGUCUCCCUGUGGAGAGAAAAGACAACGGAGCAGCGGUCAGCUGUGAGGCAUCCCACCCCGCCCUGGGGGGGCAGAAGAGGGUCCGCCACUACCGCCUCGACGUCUACUUUGCCCCCACAGUGAAUCAUCCCUCCCCUGGCAUCCUCCGAGAGGGAGACUCUCUCAGCCUCACCUGUUCCAUCACUGGCAACCCACUGCCUAGAGAUGUCCAGUGGACUAGGAUUAAUGACACCUUACCUGAGAGGGCGGAGAUCUCUGGCCCCACCCUGCAGGUGGCCCGUCUCAGCCAAUCACACAACGGGACCUACCUGUGUCAGGCGCAGAACAACUACGGCCGUGCCGCCGACCACUACACGCUGCUGGUGUACGACCCCGGGGCAGUGAUUGAGACCCACAGUGCAGUACCGUACGCUGUGAUAGGGGGAGUCCUGGCUCUGCUGGUCUUCACCGUCAUCUGUGUUCUCAUUGUCACCGUCUGGUGCUCUGUCCGACAGAAAGGUUCAUAUCUUACCCAUGAGGCCAGUGGGUUGGACGAGCAUGGGGAGGUCCAGGAGGCUUUCCUCAACGGGAAUGAUGCCAGUCAGGGCAAGAAGGAGUACCUACUGUAGCCUCCAUCCCCAAAACCCACACCCCUCCCCCAACCCGCCAUGACGGGUGGCCUUCUGAAUCGACUGUAGUACUACUGCACACAGACCACAUUACAGACCACAACACAGACCACAACACAGACCAGAACAGAGACUGAAAGAGAGACGAUCCGUCCAGCCCUUACAUUACAACUGUGCCAUACUGUAGGUGUACUGGAGGAAGGAGCGAGGGAGGAUGACAGAGAUAGGGGAAAGUGAUAAUAGGGUCAUUAUUUUGAUAGAGCGAAGAGAUAACAAGAAAGAGAGCCUCAGCACUUCCCUUCCCUGUGGUAAUUGGAGAGGGAGGGAGAGAGAGAGGGGAAAGAGAAAAAACUUCAAUUUCCAAAAUGUUCAAUCCAUAACUGGCACAGACAAACAGGUGUGGUGGGUAUGAAGUUUGAAUGCUCAAUUUGAUUACUUGAAAUUGCCAAAGCACAUCAGCCCACAGAGAGCAGCUCAUCUAUAAUUAUUUGACAACAUUGCAGAGUGUUACCCUGAAAGUCUCUUAAAGUAUUUCUGAACUAUUCAGUCAAUUCUGCAGACAACCCAGGUAUUGUAUUUGUCGUCCGUUCUGGGGAGUCUGCCAAUGUUUUCUGGGUAAUUUAGAAACCUUCCCGUUAUGAAUGACUGCUUUCCUCGCAGAACAGAACUGUUGUUUCUCUUCUUUGAAUUCUCUCUCUCUUUCUCCCUCCCUCUCUCUUCACCUCUCUUUCUAGUCCCUGUCCUCCCCCUUGUUCUCUCCCUCCCUCUCUCUUCACCUCUCUUUCUAGUCCCCGU